AUGAACAGUGUGGUUUCGCCGCUGCGGAUGAGUCUGACGCCGCGUCACGCGCCGACGGCCGCCACAGGACCGUCCAGUCACCACCAGCCGCGUCGCCAGCAGCCGCAGCAGCGCGGGCGGAGCUCUCGCGCUUCGGCGUCAAGUCAGGACGACGUGAAGACGUACCAUUCGCUUGGGCCACGACCGGUGCUGCGGGGGUACGCGGGAGGGUACGCUGUGCCGCAGGAGGGUACACGUACCACACCGCUGCUGCAGACUGCGUCGCCUGCGUUUUCGCGGGACCGGAGCCACGAGGCGCACGGCAGGCGUCGGUCGGAGCUCAGGGCGAGGGAAGAGGAGCAGGCAGGACGGCCGGCGAUGAUCGCAGUGAGUCAGGACGAUCUCCCAGCGGGUUACUUCACGCAGGAACGACGUCGUGGCGACAGGUCGGCAGACAGGUCAGCAGACAGAUCGGCAGACAGAUCGGCAGAUAGAUCGGCAAAUAGGUCGCUGUCAAGAGACGUGCAGGUGCGUGGACACGGCAAGACGGCAGUUGUGUCGCAUGGAAAUUGCCGAGGCAGUCGAGCAGCUAGUGGAAGCACAGCGGGUGUACAGAGUCGCAGCAGCAGUGGCAGCAGUGCAAGUCGGGGUCGUGUUUCGAGCUCGAGCAGCUAUCACGAUGCGGGCGUGGAUCGUCACGUGGACAAUGCACGAUGUGAGCCAUCAUUUGCACGUGCUGGAGCCCCUGCUGCUUACCGGCAGGUCGCUCCUGUUUACACGUCUGUACCGGUCCGGCCUGUAGUGAAGACGGUUGCCCGGACUGAAAAGCCGAUAGCGUGGCGUGUGGCGAUGGACCCCAAGUCAAAGAGGCCGUACUAUUAUCACCCGAUUACCCGUGAGACGACGUGGAAGAAACCGGCUGAAUUGGUUGCCGCUGAAACGCGUGAGAAGCGUCAGUUCUUUUCGGUCAUGGAGAACAACAUUCGGCUGAAGCUACGGGACGGCUACUAUACGCGUGACAGUGAGGCAUCCAACUCGAGCCACAGCACUCCGGACGCGGUUCACAAGCCACACGAGGUGUCCCCACACACCUCGUGCCGUUCGUCUGCAAGUACUUCAAGUACACGCAGCAGCUCGAGCUCAUACACUGGUGGAUCUGGUAGGUCGUUGCCUGGGUCCGCGCGGCAGCUUAUUCUGAGUUCGACCAGGUCGCUGCCCGCGACUCCAGAAGGCAUGGGUGUGCCAUGUUUGGGCUCGGUCGAGACGCAGCCGCAACAAGAACCCGAGUCUGUAGCGCGGGACUCGGAAGAUAGCCGCGACAGCAUGAAACGCCCGUCCCUAUUCAGAACGCUGUCGUCCUAUGAGACGCCCGUCAUGACGUCGUCUCGCAAAGGUGGCGAUGUCGUGGACCUGGAAGAAGUCGGUCGCAAUGCUUCCACAUCUCUUGUUGCACCGUUGCCAAUUGAGGAGCGUAUGUGUCUAGCCACUCUGAUGUCGCGGGCGUCAGAUCUGGAGUCUUAUGCCUGUGCUACUGGAGCGGUCAAUGGAUAUGGCAGACCGUCACUGUCGGCUAUAUCCGGACGAGGCAGUUCGGCUUCAGUGCUGGUCAAAGCCCAGGCUUCUGGGGGCAAGGGUGCGUUUGCAAACAAGCUACGCGCUGUACGACGUCGUUCGAACAGCACGAACUCCAUUUACUUGCGUAUGGGUACAAUGGACGCGCCUGAUCAAGACGCCACGAUUCAGUGCGUAGCAACUGUCUUGCGAGCGCACAUGGUGGAAGCGCUGGAAGAUCCGAUUCGGCCGGACUCGCGUUUCGACGUGUUUGUCACGGCGCGCGACCGCCACCGCGUGUUGUCUCUUGCGGACGAAUUGAGUACCGAAGCAUCUUUAUUUGUGGAAGCAGAGGAGGGUACUGCUAGGCCAGACGUUGUCCCUGCGCUGUCGGAGAUCGCAACCUUUGUGAAGCACGUGUUUUCGCGUGCUCAGAUGGAGUCAGAGUGCAUUAUAAUGAGUCUUGUGUAUGUCGAGCGUCUAUUGAAGGCCACGAGUGGUUCGCUGCAGCUGCGCGGCAAGAAUUGGCGACGGUUGGUGUUUUGCUCCAUGGUCAUGGCUUCGAAGGUCUGGGACGACUUGAGCAUGACGAACGCUGACUUCUCCAAGAUUUGGCCCGAGCUCUCGCUGAAGCUGAUCAAUGAGCUGGAGCUUGUGUACUUGAGUGCGGUGGAGUACAAUGUUCGCGUGUCGGCUGCGUCUUACGCAAAGUAUUAUUUCCAUUUGCGGUCCUUGUGUGCCACGAUGGGUUUGCUGGAAGCCUUUGAUGAGAGCGCGCCACUGAACUUGGACGGUGCCCGCAAGAUGCAGGUGCUGUCGGAAGAAUACCAGGAGCGGUCGAAGCUGAUGCCGGUUCCACGCCGCCGUAGUGUGACCAUCACGAGCACGUCAGCAUCCGAAAGCAGGCAGACCGGUGGCAAUGCGGGACGCGCUGAUGUCGGUGGUGCAUCGGCCAAGUCGACGAAAGCUUCGCCUGCCGCUAGCCUUGAGCAGCUCGUGCGCAUGCAGUUACGCGUUGCUGGUGGCAGCUCGCUUCGGUCGUCAAUGCACCGGUUGUCGACAGCGAAGCAGUGA